GGAAUUUGAUAGGAAACAGCAAAUAAAGGAGAUUGCAAUACUGUUGAAUGCAAUUGUCCCCAUAUUGGGUCUCCCCCACAACACUGUGACAUCAGCAUUUAAACACUUCAUAUCAACCAAUCAAAUGUCUGAAAUGUUCGAAAAUGUCCUUGAUGAAAUCAAGAUUGCACUGGAAACUAAAGUUUCUGGAGGGAUGGUCUCCCAGGAAAUUCAUCAUCUUGUGAUGGGAUGUCUGGACCUCUGUCAACCAAUCCCAGUUGAGUGUGAUGAGUUGCUAGCCAAUCAGAAACUCUGUCAUAUACUUGAUGUUGGCCUGGCCUGGUGUCAAGUUGGUUUAUUACGAGAAUACCUAUUGGCUCCUGUAGGCCCAGUUGACCCUGCUGUUAGACAAUCGAUACAACUGAACUAUCUGAAACAAGAGGU